GGUUUGAGGGUGUGUGUAUUUGAGUAGCUUUGAUGUGUCUGAAAGAAGGAAUGGGCAGGGUACCCCCCUGUUUGCACUCUUAACACACAAUCUCCCUCUCCAUAUCUCUCUCUCCAUCCCCCUAUCCCUUCCUCCCCUCCCUCCAUUCACGUGCACAAUGAGCACUCGCCCGAGUGGAACGCCUGUUGACCGUUCCGACAGAGAGACUCGUUGGGAAUAAUGUGAAUACAAGUUUUCCUCUCCUUCUCAAGAGAAUGGAGGGAGAAGCCUGGAGAGAGGGAUGGAGAGAUAGGGAUGGAGAGGCCUGCAGAGAUGGGGAUGGAGAGGCCUGCAGAGAUGGGGAUGGAGAGGCCUGCAGAGAUGGGGAUGGAGAGGCCUGGAGAGAUGGGGAUGGAGAGGCCUGCAGAGAUGGGGAUGGAGAGGCCUGGAGAGAUGGGGAUGGAGAGGCCUGCAGAGAUGGGGAUGGAGAGGCCUGCAGAGAUGGGGAUGGAGAGGCCUGCAGAGAUGGGGAUGGAGAGGCCUGGAGAGAUGGGGAUGGAGAGGCCUGGAGAGAUGGGGAUGGAGAGGCCUGCAGAGAUGGGGAUGGAGAGGCCUGGAGAGAUGGGGAUGGAGAGGCCUGCAGAGAUGGGGAUGGAGAGGCCUGCAGAGAUGGGGAUGGAGAGGCCUGGAGAGAUGGGGAUGGAGAGGCCUGCAGAGAUGGGGAUGGAGAGGCCUGGAGAGAUGGGGAUGGAGAGGCCUGGAGAGAUGGGGAUGGAGAGGCCUGGAGAGAUGGGGAUGGAGAGGCCUGCAGAGAUGGGGAUGGAGAGGCCUGGAGAGAUGGGGAUGGAGAGGCCUGGAGAGAUGGGGAUGGAGAGGCCUGGAGAGAUGGGGAUGGAGAGGCCUGCAGAGAUGGGGAUGGAGAGGCCUGGAGAGAUGGGGAUGGAGAGGCCUGCAGAGAUGGGGAUGGAGAGGCCUGGAGAGAUGGGGAUGGAGAGGCCUGGAGAGAUGGGGAUGGAGAGGCCUGGAGAGAUGGGGAUGGAGAGGCCUGCAGAGAUGGGGAUGGAGAGGCCUGGAGAGAUGGGGAUGGAGAGGCCUGCAGAGAUGGGGAUGGAGAGGCCUGGAGAGAUGGGGAUGGAGAGGCCUGCAGAGAUGGGGAUGGAGAGGCCUGCAGAGAUGGGGAUGGAGAGGCCUGGAGAGAUGGGGAUGGAGAGGCCUGCAGAGAUGGGGAUGGAGAGGCCUGCAGAGAUGGGGAUGGAGAGGCCUGGAGAGAGAGGGAUGGAGAGGCCUGCAGAGAGAGGGAUGGAGAGGCCUGCAGAGAUGGGGAUGGAGAGGCCUGCAGAGAUGGGGAUUGAGAGGCCUGGAGAGAGAGGGAUGGAGAGGCCUGGAGAGAGAGGGAUGGAGAGGCCUGGAGAGAGGGGGAUGGAGAGGCCUAGAGAGAGGGAUAGAGCGGCCUAGGGAGAGGGAUAGAGAGGCCUAGGGAGAGGGAUAGAGAGGCCUAGGGAGAGGGAUAGAGAGGCCCAUUUAGAGGGAGAGGGAUAGAGAGGUCCAUUUAGAGGGAGAGGGAUAGAGAGGCCUAGGGAGAGGGAUAGAGAGGCCUAGUUAGAGGGAGAGGGAUAGAGAGGCCUAGUUAGAGGGAGAGGGAUAGAGAGGCCUAGUUAGAGGGAGAGGGAUAGAGAGGCCUAGGGAGAGGGAUAGAGAGGCCUAGGGACAGGCCUAGGGAGAGGGAUAGAGAGGCCUAGGGACAGGCCUAGGGAGAGGGAUAGAGAGGCCUAGGGAGAGGAAUAGAGAGGCCUAGGGAGAGGGAUAGAGGCCUGGAGAGGGGGAUAGAGUUGCCUGGAGAGAGGGAUAGAGUUGCCUGGAGAGAGGGAUAGACUUGCCUGGAGAGAGGGAUAGAGUUGCCUGGAGAGAGGGAGAGAGAGAGGCCUAUAGAGUGGGAUAGAGAGAGGCCUGCAGAGGGGGAUAGAGGCCUGGAGAGGGAUAGAGGCCUGGAGAGGGAUAGAGGCCUGGAGAGGGAUAGAGGCCUGGAGAGGGAUAGAGGCCUGGAGAGGGAUAGAGGCCUGGAGAGGGAUAGAGGCCUGGAGAGGGAUAGAGGCCUGGAGAGUGAUAGAGGGAGAGUACUGACCGAGCAGGCUAUGGGCAGAGACCCUAGAAUCCCUGAUCCUCCCACCUCUCACUAGGGCUAAUACGCUCUCACUAGGGCUAAUACGCUCUCACUAGGGCUAAUACGCUCUCACUAGGGCUAAUACGCUCUCACUAGGGCUAAUACGCUCUCACUAGGGCUAAUACACUCGCUAGGGCUAAUACGCUCUCACAAGGGCUAAUACGCUCUCAGUAGGACUAAUACACUCAUACGCUCUCACUAGGGCUAAUACGCUCUCAAUAGGGCUAAUACGCUCUCACUAGGGCUAAUACGCUCUCACUAGGGCUAAUACACUCUCGCUAGGGCUAAUAUGCUCUCACUAGGGUUAAUACGCUCUCACUAGGACUAAUACACUCAUACGCUCUCACUAGGGCUAAUACGCUCUCACUAGGGCUAAUACGCUCUCGCUAGGGCUAAUACGCUCUCGCUAGGGCUAAUAUGCUCUCACUAGGGUUAAUACGCUCUCACUAGGACUAAUACACUCAUACGCUCUCACUAGGGCUAAUAUGCUCUCACUGGGAUUAAUACACUCUCACUAGGGCUAAUACACUCACUAGGGCUUAUAAGCUCUCACUAGGGCUAAUACACUCUCAAUCACUCUCACUAGGGCUAAUACACUCUCAAACACUCAUGAGGGCUAAUACGCUCUCAUUAGGGCUUAUACGCUCUCACUGGGGCUUAUACACUAUCUCAUACACUCUCACUAAGGCUAGUAUACUCUCACUAGGGCUAAUGCACUCUCACUAGGGCUAAUGCGCUCUCACUAUGGCUAAUACGCUCUCACUUGGGCUAAUACGCUCUCACUUGGGCUAAUACGCUCUCACUUGGGCUAAUACGCUCUCACUUGGGCUAAUACGCUCUCACUGGGGCUAAUACGCUCUCACUGGGGCUAAUACACUCUCACUGGGGCUAAUACGCUCUCACUGGGGCUACUACGCUCUCACUGGGGCUAAUACGCUCUCACUGGGGCUAAUAUGCUCUCACUGGGGCUAAUAUGCUCUCACAGGGGCUAAUAUGCUCUCACAGGGGCUAAUACGCUCCCAUUAGGGCUAAUACGCUGCCAUUAGGGCUAAUACUCUCUCACUAAGGCUAAUAAGCUAUCACUAGGGCUAAUACACUUGCACUAUGGCUAAAAACAGUCUCAUUAGGGCUAAUAUAGUCUCAAUUACUCUCACUAGGGCUAAUGCGCUUUCACUCGGGCUAAUGCGCUUUCACUCGGGCUAAUGCGCUUUCACUAGGGCUAAUGCGCUUUCACUAGGGCUAAUGCGCUUUCACUAGGGCUAAUACGCUCUCACUUGGGCUAAUACCCUCUCACUACGGCUAAUACCCUCUCACUAGGGCUAAUACACUGUCACUAGGGCUAAUACACUCUCUCAAACUCUCACUAGGGCUAAUACUCUCUCACUCGGGCUAAUACGCUCUCACUUGGGCUAAUACACUCUCACUAGGGCUAAUACGCUCUCACUAGGGCUAAUACGCUCUCACUUGGGCUAAUACGCUCUCACUUGGGCAAAUACGCUCUCACGAGGGCUAGUACGCUCUCACGAGGGCUAGUACGCUCUCACUAGGGCUAAUACGCUCUCACUAGGGGUAAUACACUCACUCAAACACUCUCGCUAGGGUUAAUGCACUCUCACUAGGGAUAAUGCGCUCUCACUAGGGCUAAUACGCUGUCACUUGGGCUAAUACACUCUCACUAGGGCUAAUACACUCUCUCAAACACAAUCACGAGGGCUAAUAUGCUCUCACGAGGGCUAAUACGCUUUAACAAGGGCUAAUACUCUCUCACUAGGGCUAAUGUGCUCUCACUAGGGCUAAUAAGCUAUCACUAGGGCUAAUAAGCUCUCAAUAGUGCUAAUACUCUCACUAGGGCUAAUACACUCUCAAAUACUCUCACUAGGGCUAACAUGCUCUCACUAGGGCUAAUAUGCUCUCACUAGGGCUAAUAAGCUCUCACUAGGGCUAAUAAGCUCUCACUAGGGCUAAUAAGCUCUCACUAGUGCUAAUACACUCUCACUAGUGCUAAUACGCUCUCACUGGGGCUAAUACGCUCUCACCGGGGCUAAUACACUCUCAUACACUCUCACCGGGACUAAUAUGCUCUCACUAGGGCUAAUAAGCUCUCACUAGGGCUAAUACACUCUCUCAAACACUCUCACUAGUGCUAAUACGCUCUCACUAGUGCUAAUACGCUCUCACUAGUGCUAAUACGCUCUCACUAGUGCUAAUACGCUCUCACUAGUGCUAAUACGCUCUCACUAGUGCUAAUACGCUCUCACCAAGGCAAAUGCGCUCUCACUAGGUCUAAUCGGCUCUCACUAGGGCUAAUAGGCUCCCACAAGGGCUAAUGCGCUCCCACUAGUGCUAAUGCGCUCUCACUAGUGCUAAUGCGCUCUCACUAGGGCUAAUGCGCUCUCACUAAUGCAUUCUCUCAAACACUCACAAGGGAUAAUACACUCUCACUAGUUCUAAUACGCUCACAUUAGGGCUAAUUUGCUCUCACACACUCUCACUCUGGCUAAUAGGCUCUCACUCUGGCUAAUAGGCUCUCACUCGGGCUAAUAGGCUCUCAUUCAGGCUAAUAGGCUCUCAUUCGAGCUAAUAGGCUCUCACUCGGGCUAAUAGGCUCUCACUCGGGCUAAUAGGCUCUCACUCGGGCUAAUUCGCUCUCACUAGGGCUAAUAUAUUCACACAGGCUCCGUGAGGUCAUAGGUUGGCCAUGAUUUGGUGUUGCAUCUCUAUCACACACAGCCCAAAUAAAGUUAGUCAGUUUACCAGCACUUAUUACUCAAAACCAGAAACUGGUUUCAUGACCUGAUGAGUAUCACAACCUGCUGUAUAAUCAGAUCCUCUUCCUCUCCUCCUCCUCCUCCUCUCUCUAUUGUUCCUUUCUCUCUGUCCAUGUUUACCUUUUCGAUACCAUUACCAACCCUUUUUAGCCGAACCCUCUUGUCCACAUACCCCUGCCUACCGGUGUGUGUGCGUGUGUGUGUGUGCGUGCGUGUAUUUGUGUCUGAGGAUAUGUGUUUGUAGAAGUGCUUGCCGGGGCGAGAGAGAGCCCUCUUUGGGUCACUGCCCCCCCACACCUCCCACAGCUGAACUGAUACAGUAACAAAAGAAAAUAACCCCUCCUUACCAGCAGUGCUGUCCUGUCACACGGUCCGGCACAAAACAGAAGCCUCCACCUCUCCCACAGGGCUAGUGGACAGGGAUCUCAUAGGUUCUGAGUAAUCACCACAAACUUCAUAGGGAUCUCUAUGUGAAGAGGCUAUCAGGUUAGCCUUGUCCCAGAUCUCUAUGUGAAGAAGCUAUCAGGUUAGCCUUGUCCCAGAUCUCUAUGUGAAGAAGCUAUCAGGUUAGCCUUGUCCCAGAUCUCUAUGUGAAGAAGCUAUCAGGUUAGCCUUGUCCCAGAUCUCUAUGUGAAGAAGCUAUCAGGUUAGCCUGAUCCCAGAUCUCUAUGUGAAGAAGCUAUCAGGUUAGCCUGGUCCCAGAUCUCUAUGUGAAGAAGCUAUCAGGUUAGCCUUGUCCCAGAUCUCUAUGUGAAGAGGCUAUCAGGUUAGCCUUGUCCCAGAUCUCUAUGUGAAGAAGCUAUCAGGUUAGCCUGAUCCCAGAUCUCUAUGUGAAGAAGCUAUCAGGUUAGCCUGGUCCCAGAUCUCUAUGUGAAGAAGCUAUCAGGUUAGCCUUGUCCCAGAUCUCUAUGUGAAGAAGCUAUCAGGUUAGCCUUGUCCCAGAUCUCUAUGUGAAGAAGCUAUCAGGUUAGCCUGGCCCCAGAUCUAUAUCUGCAGGAGCUAACUCCUCUGACUACUAUUGUCAUGCUGUAAAGCAAAACUGAUCUAGGACCAGGCUAGCUGUGAGAGAACCUCAGUAUGUAGUACACCACAAAAUAACACAGGCCAGAUGUUGGCUGUCUGUAGUGUGUCUGUGUCACAGCCCUUGUUCAUGGUGGGGUGUGUGGU